CUAAUUAAGUACCUUCCUACUACUCCUCCCGCAACUUCCCUCCCUUUCUCAUCCUUUACUCCAUCUCCCCAUAUAUACUAACCACUUCACUCAAUUACAAUCACCAAGUUCUCAAAUCUCUCUCUUUUCUCCUCUCAAAUUCUUUACUGACUACUUCUUUGAGUUCAGUUGCUAAACAAUAUCUAUCAUUCUUUGUUUAAUUCUUUCAAGAAAAACCAACUAAGGAUAUGGCACUUGAAGCUUUGAACUCUCCAAGAACCCCAACCCCACCAUCAUUUCAGUAUGAAAACACCACUCUCAACUACCUUGAAUCUUGGACAAAGGGUAAGAUCAGAUCAAAAAGACCACGUAGUAUAAUGGAACAACAGCCUACUGAAGAAGAAUACUUAGCUUUCUGUCUUCUUAUGCUUGCUCAUAGUAACGGCAAUUCUACUACCAAUUCAGUAACAGCUCCCAUCAUAUCUAAGAAUUUGUACAAUUGUUCAGUGUGCGGCAAGUCUUUUGGAUCUUAUCAAGCUCUAGGUGGACAUAAAGCUAGUCACCGUAAGCAGCUCAUUAACGGAGACGUCAAUGAAAACUCCGCCACCACCUCCAUUGCCACCGCCGGUGCCACGUCAGCUAACGGCCUUAGUGGGAGGACUCACGAAUGUUCUGUUUGCCACAAGAGUUUCCCAACUGGACAAGCUUUGGGUGGUCACAAAAGGCGUCACUACGAGGGAAAGGUGACGUCAUCGGACGGUGUGGGGUCUACGACUAGCCAGCGUGGAUUUGACUUGAAUAUUCCUCCCUUGCCGGAAUUUUGGCCGGGAUUUCGCUCCGGGGAGGAUGAGGUGGAAAGUCCUCAUCCAGCUAAGAAAUCGCGACAAUUUCCCUUAACCAAACUUGAAUUAUUCUGAGAAGUUUAGUUCGUUGAUUAGUUAACUAUAGUACUAUGUCUUUUGGGUGGGCGGGAUUUUUUUUUUUUUUUUGGGUAAAUAUCAAAUACACUUGGUGAGAGUGAUUAUUUGAUUAAUUAAUUGAUUCAAUUAUUUUUUAAACUGAUCUUGCUCUGGCUAUGAUUUUGUUCUCUUAA